AUAUUACAUUAGCAGUGUGUUUCACAAUAGUCUGUUAUACUGAUGACUACAAAAUAUUUCGAAAUGACUGAAAUGAGACUGCGCGCUGACGACAUGGGCGCUACCAUGUUUGAUUACGAACACGAACAAGUUCGUUGAAGCAUAGGUUGAAGUCAUGCAUAGCUGAAAUGAGUAAUCAACAAGAACGAUGGCACAUUUCGAUGAGCAUAGUGGCAUAAUCGAAGUUCGCACGCCGUGGGGGCACUGGUGGCAAACCCUAGAGGAAGUUUACAUCGAGGUGAACGUUGCAGAGGGAACGAGGGGCAAGGAGGUGAAAGUCAUCUUUACAACCAGGUCCUUGAAAUGUGAAGUAAGAGGGGAGGUCGUGUUUGAAGGUGCCCUAUAUGGGCCUGUGAUAGCUGACGACAGUACUUGGACAAUCGAGGACAGGCGACUUGUGCGCAUAAUGCUGGCAAAGUGUCCAAAUGUCAAGGAGUCUACCGUAAAAACCUGCUGGCGUUCUUUAUUGAAAGAUUGCUAUGAAGCUGAUCCCUUCACUUAUGAUAAGAUGGAGCAGAAGCUGACACUGCAGAGAUUCCAAUUGGAAAAUCCUGGAAUGAACUUCAGCAAUGCAAAAGUCACUGGCAACUAUCAGGAUGGAGGCCCGGUCUUGCCAGAUUACUAAAAUCAUAGAUCACUGAGAUCGCUUUGGAACGUGCAUUGCAAGUCCUCCACUAUUUCGAGGAGAACUUCCAGUGGUUGGAGCCUUGUGAAACACAGCACAGUAUAUAUGCGGUCAACGUCGCUACACUGGAUCUUCAGAAAUCUUGCUCGACCGAUCCUGUCCGGUACCAGCCUGGCUGUAACUUGCCGACGAUGGCCGGAGAAGUCGAGGACUGCUGCAGUGGCGGCAUCGCACGUGCUGUCCUUCUUGUUCUGUGUGGCAUUCCAGCAGCUGGGAAGACGACCCUCGCACGCAGACUCUGCGACCGCUACGCCGGCGGCAGCAUGUGCGCAGUGACGAUCAGCUACGACACGAUCCUGAGUGCGGAGGCAG